AUGGCCACCCCAAACCAAAAUCCCAUCUGCUUCUUCGACAUCGCCCUCGGCGGCGAACCUCUCGGCCGCAUCAAGUUCGAACUCUUCGCCGACGUGACUCCUCGCACCGCCGAGAACUUCCGCCAAUUCUGCACCGGCGAAACAAAAGGCACAACCGGACGACCGCAAGGCUACAAAGGCAGCAAAUUUCACCGAGUCAUCAAGGAUUUCAUGCUGCAGGGUGGAGACUUUUUGAACGGCGAUGGGACCGGCUCGAUCAGUAUCUAUGGCACGCGCAGUUUUGCGGAUGAGAAUUUCGAGCGGAAACAUACUGAGGCGGGGUUGUUGAGUAUGGCGAACUCUGGAAAGGACAGCAAUGGCUCGCAAUUCUUCAUAACUUGUGCGCCGACGCCUCAUCUUAACGGCAAGCACGUGGUAUUCGGUAAAGUGGUGGAGGGCAUGGAUGUCGUCAGGAAAAUUGAGAGCGUCCGCCUCAGAGGAGAGAAACCUGCAUCGGAUGUCACGGUCGCGCAGUGCGGCGAGAUGUGAUAUUGCUCAACGCAGCACACUAUCGGACCAAGCCAACAGGACUUCAUAACGCCACUCGCAGCAGACAGGAGAUUGGGUGUCACGAAGCUAUGGCACGAUGAAGUCUGGAAUCUGGAACAUGAAGGAUCAAAGAAGUUUUCAAUUGCCAUUCAUCG